AUGGAAGACAUGGAAAAGAAAAAUGCCACAUUGCUGACAGAGUUUGUUCUCACAGGACUUCCUCAUCACCAAGACUGGAAAGUCCUCCUGUUCCUGGUAUUCCUGGUGAUAUACCUCACCACCAUGGUGGGCAACCUUGGUCUGAUUGUUCUCAUAUGGAAGGACCAUCACCUUCACAUUCCCAUGUACUUUUUCCUUGGGAGUUUAGCUUUUGUUGAUGCUUGGUUGUCAUCCACAGUUACACCCAAAAUGCUGGCCAAUUUGUUAGUCAAAAGCAAGAUCUCUCUCUCUGAAUGUAUGAUUCAAUUUUUUUCCUUUGGAAUCAGUGCAACCACAGAAUGUUUUCUCUUGGCAGCAAUGGCUUAUGAUCGCUAUGUAGCCAUAUGCAAACCAUUACUUUAUCCAGUGAUAAUAACCCAUAGACUAUGCAUUAGGCUCUUAACUUUGUCAUUUAUAGGUGGCUUUUUUCAUGCCUUACUUCAUGAAAGUUUUUUGUUCAGAUUAACCUUCUGUAAUUCCAAUAUAAUAUAUCACUUUUAUUGUGACAUUAUACCAUUGUUUAAGAUUUCAUGUACUGAUCCCUCCAUUAAUAUUCUAAUGCUUUUUAUAUUCUCUGGUUCAAUUCAAGUAUUCACCAUUAUGGUUGUUCUUGUCUCUUAUACAUUUGUUCUACUAACAAUCUUAAAAAAGAAGUCUAUCAAAAGCAUAAAGAAAGCCUUUUCUACCUGUGGAGCUCAUCUCUUAUCUGUGUCUUUAUAUUAUGGUACUCUUCUCUUCAUGUAUGUGCGCCCUGCGUCUCCACAAGCAGAUGAGCAAGACAUGAUGGACUCUUUGUUUUACACAGUCAUAAUUCCUGUGUUAAAUCCAAUUAUCUACAGUCUCAGAAAUAAGCAAGUCAUAGAUUCACUAACAAAAAUAUUAAAGAGAAAUUUUUAG